AUGGUUCGGCGAGGCCUCAUGGCUUGGCUGUCUCGGGUGGGAGUUGCGCUGGUGGCUCUCUGCUGCUCAGUCUCGGUGCUCUACAUGUUGGCCUGCAGCCCCAGAGGUGACCCGCGGCAGCUUGCCUUCCCCAGGCAUGAGAGCCUGGCAGGAAAAGAGGAAUACCAAGCUGCCAUCCACGAGAGAGAGGGGCACCAGAAGGACUACAUCAACAGCCUGAAGCAGCAGGUUGCCCAGCUGAAGGACGCCCUCCAGGAGAGGAGCAGGCAACUGACGGGCCUGCAGGGCCAGAGCAACGGCACCCGGGGAGCGGGGCUGGACCAGGUGCUCCCCAAGGGGACCCAGGCCGAUCUCUUGAAGUUCCUGCAUUCGCAGAUGGACAGAGCCGAGGUGCGCAGCGGGGCAAAGCUGCCCAGCGAGUACGCAGCCGUGCCGUUUGAGAGCUUCACCCUACAGAAAGUGUACCAGCUGGAAACGGGCCUGACACGACACCCUGAGGAGAAGCCCGUGCGGAAGGACAAACGGGAGGAUCUGGGAGAGGUGAUCGAGUUGGGCCUGGAGACUUUAAACAGGCCAAAGGACCAUGGCCACACAGGACAGCGGGUGUUUUCCGCCUCUGAUUUCAUAGAAGGCAUCUACCGAACAGAAAGAGACAAAGGUACCCUGUAUGAGCUGACAUUCAAAGGAGACAAGAACCACGAAUUCAAGCGAAUCGUCCUAUUCAGGCCAUUUGGUCCCAUCUUAAGAGUAAAGAAUGAAAAUCUCAACACGGCACGCACCCUUGUGAACAUCAUUGUCCCGCUGGCUAAAAGGGCUGGGAAGUUUCAGCAGUUCAUGCAGAAUUUCAGGGAAAUGGGCAUCCGACAGGAUGGAAGAAUUCAUCUCACUGUCGUUUACUUUGGGAGAGAACAAAUGAGUGAGGUCAAAGGAAUCCUAGAGAACACCUCCAAAUCAGCACACUUCAAGAAUUUCACCUUUAUCCAGCUGAAUGAAGAGUUCUCAAGAGGGAAAGGACUGGAAGUUGGUGCUCGCGUCUGGAAAGGGGGCAACGUGGUUCUCUUCUUCUGCGAUGUAGAUAUCUACUUCACUGCUGAAUUCCUCACCACAUGCAGACUCAAUACUCAGCCAGGAAAGAAGGUAUUUUAUCCUGUUCUUUUCAGCCAGUAUAACCCAAGCCUAAUUUAUGGGCACCAUGAUUCCAUCCCUCCCCUAGAACAGCAACUGAUUGUUAAAAAGGAGACUGGAUUUUGGAGAGACUUUGGGUUUGGAAUGACUUGCCAGUACCACUCUGAUUUUAUCAACAUUGGAGGAUUCGAUCUUGGAAUUAAAGGCUGGGGAGGAGAAGAUGUACACCUGUACCGGAAAUACCUUCGCAGCAACCUCAUUGUGGUCAGAAGUCCUGCCCGGGGCCUUUUCCACCUCUGGCAUGAAAAAUUCUGUCUAGAUGAGUUGACCCCAGAGCAAUACAAGAUGUGCAUCCAGUCCAAAGCCAUGAAUGAGGCUUCGCAUGGCCAGCUUGGGAUGCUGGUCUUCAGGAAGGAGAUUGAGGCUCAUCGGCGCAAAAAGAAAGCUGCCAUGAAGACAAACACAAAAAAAGUCUGA